GAGUUUCGACCUAUUCCGCGCAGCACCAUGGCCAGCAGGCUGUGGGCUCGGGUCAGCGAGUGGAGUACGCGUCGCCUAUGGGCUACUCGCCGACGACAGUGAAUGGAUCUUCGGGGCUAGUAGGCAUGAGCGCGAAUGUCCUCGACUCUACAUCCAUCUUCAACACAACCCCAGUGUCCACGACGUUCCACACAGGCCCCCAGUCGUACCUCGACUACUCGCACGAGGUAUCAGCGUACUCAUAUCCGACCAGCGAGUACGCUGCCACGAGGGACCUGUAUGCUGCACCAGCCAUUGCAGACCAUGGCACGACGGCCACGUACGGUCCCCGUCCUGACUACAUGAACGAGAGCUCGCCGAGCAUCGAAGGGUUCAGCGGAUUCUCGCCCCACCCUCGCAGCACCUCCGCGACCUCUCUCACUCCAUCCCACGAUGGCCAAGCUUCCGAGCUACCAUCUGCGCAAACAACAAUCCGGAACCUAGAACUCUCACCAGAGCCUCUGCAAUGGAACGGAGCCUACGGCGACGGAAUCAUCCCGAUCGAGGAAUGGCUUGCGAUACUGAGGGCUGCUGCGUCCGGAAGUCCUGACGCACCCGACACAGAAAACGAGGGAAAACAGGACGACCUACAGGCCUCCACAGGUGAGUACCGUAUCAAUAUAGCCGACUCCCGAGUGAUAAUGAAACGUCUCGAAGACUUCAACGCUGCGCCUGUGCAAGGGUUCACCGCAGCGGCUUCUACACUGCUCGGCGCCGAGCCGCAACCCCCAGCCGGCCUCCUCUGGACGGAUGCUCCUUCCGCCGAAUUGGUCGAAUGGCUGGACCUUCCUAGCGAUUUCGACUUCACUUUCGGCGCGUCGUCCCAAGGGACCACCGACGACGAAUCGCUCCGCGCACCACGUCUCUCAGGGAGCGACGAGUUCAACCCUUGGUCAGGCAGCGGCGCCUCCCCCAGCUCCUACCAAGGGCCAUCCUCCCACGACCUCUGGGAGCACCAGAGGGACUGGUAGUCUGGAUGACAGCCAUCCCGUCACGAACCAAGAUCGUCCUAGAGCAGGAUGAACUUACCUUUGAGCUUGGACUUUACAUCUCUUUCGCACCUCUCACGUACUAUCGUCUCGCAAUCGUCUCGCUGUCGCCGUUAUCUCUGCUCUUCAUUCCGUCCAGUCUCGCUGACGAUUACACACGUUUGUCGCGCUGUCCCAUCAUACUGACCUUGCUCUGAACUUGUCGCGCUCCUAUCGCUCACGUACUGUUUGUAUCUGUAGACUGUCCACAUCCUCCGUUUCUACUGGUCUUAUAGUGAACCAGGUUAAUAUAAAUCUCAUCAACCCAUAUGCAGAGCCUCUCACCGUCUCAGUGUGCUAUAUUCCGGACAUUGCGUCGUUCCGGCUUGUUUCGCACAGAUCUUGUGGGUGAAUCAAAGUACUUCAUAGAGAGGAUAGUAUGUGAUUGCGACGGGAUACACU